AUGUUACUCGAGGAGGAUGAUACUGUCAACGACGAUUUUUCUCUGCUCGCAACUUUAAUCGUGGAGGAGGAAGAAGAUCGUCCAGCUGCACGCCGUGGUUCUAUGCCAGGUCAUGCUGUAAUUCAUCGUGGUCGAGCUGAAGGUCAUGAAAGACUUUAUCGUGAUUAUUUUGCUGAGACACCCACAUACCCUCCCAACAUAUUUCGAAGGAGGUUUCGAAUGAAUCGUUCUCUAUUUCUCCGAAUUUUAUCUGCCGUCGAAGGAUUUGAUCCAUAUUUUGCGCAAAAAAGAGAUGCUAUUGGCGUGCCUGGUUUGUCUUCGCUUCAAAAGGUAACUGCUGCACUUAGGAUUCUUGCUUAUGGAGCAUCUGCAGAUUCUGUAGAUGAUUACGUACGGAUUGGCAAAAGCACUGCUAUUGAAAGCGUCAAAAGGAUUGAUUGUAUGCACUGGAAAUGGAAAAAUUGUCCAACUGCUUGGCAAGGUAUGUAUACUGGUCAUAUUCAAGAACCGACCAUGAUUUUAGAAGCAGUUGCUUCACAAGAUCUCUGGAUAUGGCAUGCCUUUUUUGGUUUACCAGGAUCCCUAAAUGAUUUGAAUGUGUUGGAUCGAUCUCCUUUAUUCAAUGAACUUGCAGAAAGUCGUGCUCCUCCAGUAAACUACACAAUUAAUGGCAACAAUUACUCGAUUGGAUACUAUCUUGCUGAUGGUAUAUAUCCAUCAUGGUCAACAUUCGUCAAGACUAUUCCAGCUCCACAAGGUAAUAAGAGGCAAUUCUUUGCUAAAGCUCAAGAAUCGGCUCGCAAAGAUGUUGAGCGAGCAUUUGGGGUACUGCAAUCCCGUUUUGCAAUCGUGCGUGGACCGGCUCUUUAUUGGGAGAUUGAUACUUUAUCGGAUAUUAUACGAGCGUGUGUAAUACUACACAACAUGAUCGUUGAGGAUGAGAGAGACCAUUAUGGUAUCAAUUUCAAUUACGAUACAAUUGAGGGGUAUACGCCGCCAAAUAUUUCACAUUCACUCAUACCUGAAAUUAUGGAGUACGUUGACACUUAUUAUCGUAUUAGAAAUAGGCAGAGUCACUCUCAAUUGCAAGCAGAUCUUGUUGAACAUCUUUGGCAAUUACAUGGUGGAGAAUAA